AUGAGAACUGAAAGUAGCAAAUCUCUUAAUUUUCAAAAUUUAAUCAAGGAAGAGCAAAGUACUCGUGACAACAGCGCAGCAGUGUAAAUCCAGUAGAACCCUUUCAACUUCAAUACGUAACACGAGUUUCCCAGAAAAGGCCGAAUCAUGAGUUACGAAUCUUAAUUAGACAGUAGAAAUGAGAAUGGAAUCAGUCCACAGAGAAAGUCCAUUGCAAGCUAUUAAAGAGCAGACAUGAAUGAUUUUACGAAGGGCAUUUCUGAUAUGAAAAUAGCUUAUAUGCCGCACUUCGGGUUUGAGACUAUUUAGUACAGAGAUAAUGUGAGUUCAUGGAAUGAACUGUCAAAGAAUGUAUUAAGUGGCGGUGCUCCUAAACACUCAGCAAUACUUGAAAUUGUUUAAGGCUAGUAUAAAAAAGAGGAAAUAUAAUAGGAAAUGUAAAAAAGAGCUAUUAGAGUUCACAAGGUCUCAUUCAAUGAUUCUGAGAUACUAACAGGACAGAAAAAUGGAGCAUAGUAUAACCGGUAAAAUUCGAAGAAAAAGAGAGAGAAAUUCGAAACUAAGGACCACACCUAGUAUGAAAUAGAAAAAGAGGUGAUUAAUAAGCUGAGAUGGUGGAGAUUAGGUGCUAAAGAUGAUGACGAGCAUGGAUACAGGCAGAUUCAAAGCAACUUUAACAUAAAGAUGAUGGAUUUAAAAAAAAUGGGAAAAAACGCAAACACUCUUCUUGAUGAGCAGCAGAAUGCAUCAAAAUAUUUCAAAUCAUUUCUAAAGUAAUCCAAAUCAGAAAAAUUGCUUUUGACUGAUAAAUAGCAUUCUUAAAAUGAAAAGUUGGAUAACUUGCAAAGUAGCUAGAUAAUGGAUAAAUAGUAAAAUACUUCCUAAAGCAAGUUAACAUUUAAAAUUCAUAAGUUUGUCUCUCCUAAUAAAAAAUCUCCAAUUAAUGAUAAAAGUAAACGAGAUUCCAAUUUCCUUUAAAAGAUAAAAGAACGCGGGCAGUAAUAAAGAUUGUACUUUGAAAGUUUUUAAUAAUCUCCGACGACUAUUCAAAAUAAAAUUUAGCUGAAGCUUCCUCCAGCUACAAGCUAAAAUCAAAAGACUUUAUAAUAACUUAAAGGGUCAAUCUUCCUUCAAAACAAAAAGCACAAUCCACUUUGCAAAAGAAAUCAAAUAUUUUCAUAAAAUGUAUCUUCUAAUGAAUUCAGAGACUUUAGUAAUUCAGCUAUUUCUACAACAAUCCUGGCAGGAACCUCUCCAUUGUAAAAUUUCAAAAUAACCACUUAAAAUACCCCAGUAAGACCAUCAAACCAAACUUUAAUUGACAAUAUCUAGAAUAAAAGUAAUCAUAGAAUGUUUUUCUCAAAGAGAUUACAAGGUAGUCAGCAUUAAUUAAGCCAUAUAGAUCUCCACAAGUCUCUAGAGAAAAGCAGUAUGCUAGAUAACUACUUUAGUGGAAGCUAUGCAAACCAUAGCAUGCUUUAUAGUAGGUCUAGAUAAAACUUAAGUCAUACCUCGUAAGAUUAGGUUCGCUAGUAUUUUAAAACAAAUGAAUUCUUCAAGGUACAAAAUAUAUAUGACAAAGAGGUGAAUAAUUUAGUCAAGAUUAAAUAAAAACAUAGAUAGGAGUGGGAGAAACUAGAUAAAUUACUUAAUAUAAAAAACUAACGAUCACUUAAGACUAGCCAAUCAUCCAAAACAAUAAUUAGCAAUUAUAGUACAGCAAAUAAAAAACAACUUGCCCUCUGA